AUGGAAUUCUGUUCUUUUUUGAUGCUUGCAAAGAUAGGAUUUCAUGAAGGCUUGCUUUCCAGUGAGCAAGGUGCCUACAUUGCAGAGUCUAUCGCUGCUAAAAACAUGAAACAAGCGAAGAGCCGUUUUCGGAUGUAUGAGGAUGCCACAGAUCAUGGUGGUUCUAAUCAUUCUGCAAAAGUAGAGCCAGCCAAUGGUUGUACAGGUGAAAGGGAAACUGGGAAGUCUGCAAAGAAACUUGAUAAAGGAAGGACUGCAAAAGAGGAGGCAUCCAAACGUGAGAAGUGGACGGAACUUUCUCUCGCAGUCACUGUUUCGUCCUCUGGCUGCAAAUUUGAGCUUGAGAUUGCAAGGGAAGCUGCCCCAUUUGUGGAUCCUGCUGUUUUGGUGGAAACUUAUGAACAAGAGGAAUGUGUCGAUGAUCUUGAAGGGGAUGAUCGGAUUCAAUCUGCGCUUGCUCACAUUGUGACGCACGCACUUUUGAAGAUGCUCCUGGACCUGGUCUUUUAA